AUCCAAGAUCAAGCCACUCGAUUUUUUUACACCCUCCCUGACCAUCUGAAUAAGUAUACGUGCAUUUCUUUCACCGAUCUUUAAGAUGAGUAACAAUCUGACCGUGAACCUGCAUUAAAUCCCCAUUUCUCUUUUCUUAUGUAGCGUUGCGGCAUUUAAACCCACGCUACUAUAAAUUAACAUAAACUCGCCUUAUGAUUGUGCACAAUAGAUGGUAGUUUCCUCAUCAUGGCAACAGAAGAUAAGAAACCAGAGACUGAUACAAAACCCCCAGUUGUACCAUCAGCAUCUGCCAGUCAAAGCAAGUCUGCACCCGCCAAACCAAACUACAGCCUGAAAUUCACAUUAGCAGGCCACACUAAGGCCGUCUCCUCCAUCAAAUUCAGUCCCAGUGGAGAAUGGCUCGCUAGCUCAUCUGCUGAUAAACUCAUAAAAAUUUGGGGAGCAUAUGAUGGCAAGUUUGAGAAAACCAUAUCUGGACAUAAACUUGGCAUAUCUGACGUGGCCUGGUCAUCUGACUCCAACCUCCUGGUGUCUGCAUCAGAUGAUAAAACUCUGAAGAUCUGGGACGUCAGCUCUGGAAAAUGCCUAAAAACUCUAAAAGGUCACAGCAACUACGUGUUCUGCUGCAACUUCAACCCCCAGUCUAAUCUGAUCGUGUCAGGAUCAUUUGAUGAGAGUGUAAGGAUAUGGGACGUGAAGACCGGGAAAUGUUUGAAAACUCUGCCAGCUCAUUCGGACCCUGUCUCUGCUGUUCAUUUCAACAGGGAUGGCUCCCUGAUUGUGUCCAGUAGCUACGAUGGCCUUUGCCGAAUCUGGGACACGGCCUCAGGGCAGUGUUUAAAGACACUCAUAGACGACGACAACCCUCCUGUGUCAUUUGUGAAGUUUUCCCCCAACGGGAAAUACAUCCUGGCUGCUACACUGGAUAACACGUUGAAGCUGUGGGACUACAGCAAAGGAAAAUGCUUGAAAACAUAUACCGGCCAUAAAAAUGAGAAGUACUGCAUUUUUGCAAAUUUCUCUGUCACUGGUGGAAAGUGGAUCGUGUCGGGCUCGGAGGACAACAUGGUUUAUAUCUGGAACCUGCAGACGAAAGAGAUUGUGCAGAAACUCCAGGGCCACACAGAUGUCGUCAUUUCAACUGCCUGCCACCCAACAGAGAACAUCAUCGCAUCUGCAGCUUUAGAAAAUGACAAAACCAUCAAGCUUUGGAAAAGCGACUGCUAAGCCGUUUUGGAUCUUUUCAGCCAUUCACUUUUCUUUUAGGUUUCUUUUUUCCCUAGGUUUUGUCAUAAGAAAAGAAGACUUUUUCUAACAGCUCCUGGAUGCAGAGGGCUUUAAGGUAAUGAAAUUCAGCAAGGAGAACCAAAUGACAACACACAUCAGCCACAUACAGUAAGAGCCGCAUCAAUUCUGCAGCGGACGCGUUCCCCUCGUCACACCUCAGAUGGCCCAUGUUAACAGACAAAUGAUUCCAUCUGUCUGUUAACAUGGGCCAGAUCGACUGGUCUCAUUAGGGAAAUGGAUCAUUUCUUUAUAACAGUGUUGUGGUGCUUCAGUAUGUUCGACACUGCGUUAACCUUGAUGUCAAUGAUUCAUAGUAGCAUUUCGGAUCUUGUACAAUAAAUGUAAUGCUUAUUUGGCCUUUGUACAUUCCUUUUGCUUUUUAAUUUGCCUGUGUAAUUGUGUAGUAUUGACUAACUGGGUUCAAGUAGGUGACUGACAUCGAGCUUGAGGUAUCCGAGUACCCCUUUUUGUCUGUUAUCAUUCAAGUGGUGCCAUUAUUACUGUUCUAAUUAAGCACUGUGUGCCAUAACAAGGCAUUUAUACAUUUUUAUUAUAAGGGUAACAAAGCUAAGCUGUUGCUUUUAGUGUGACAGUUGGGACAUUUGUGAAUUAAAUCAAAAAUGCCUCAAGAGAAUGUCACAGUGUGGUCUAAUUAUUAUUAUUAUUAUUAUUAUUAUUAUUAUUAUUUAUAGUUCAUGGAAUGAGCUGAGACCAUUCCUUUAAAAAAACUCUCUCUUAUUUUAACAUUUUAAAACAGUGACCAAAUGAAGUUUCUGUGUUUGAGUAUUACUUUACCAUGUAUUGUGAACUGAUUACUUUAGCUGUCUUUGUUUUUAUGUUCACAUUUGCUUGAUUAGCUCAUAGUUUGGCGCACAAUGCCAGCAGCAUGUGUUCACUGUAGUUAACCUGAAUUUUGUGAAAUAUGUUUGCUUUGGACAGCUACAAUCUGCAAGUUAAUAAAA